CGGACUGUGGCUCCUCUCCCCCCCUCCGCAGAGGCCGAGAAGCCGCCGGCCGUGUCCAACGGGGAGCUGCGGCUCGGCGGGAAGGGCAAAAAGCUGCGGAAGCCCCGGACCAUCUACUCGAGCCUGCAGCUGCAGGCGCUGAACCAGCGCUUCCAGCAGACUCAGUACCUGGCGCUGCCCGAGCGCGCCGAGCUGGCGGCACAGCUGGGGCUCACCCAGACCCAGGUGAAGAUCUGGUUCCAGAACAAGCGCUCCAAGUACAAGAAGAUCAUGAAGCAGGGCCCGGGUGUCCCCGAGGGGGAGCAGACCCCGCACAGCGUCCCCACCCUGUCCCCCUGCUCCCCCGGCCUCCCCCCGCUCUGGGACCUCCCCGGGCCGGGCAAGGGUCCCCCGCUGCCCCCCGGGGGCUACAUCAACAGCUUCGGGGCCUGGUACCAGCCCCACCCGCAGGACGCCAUCCCCAGGGCCCCCAUGAUGUGACACUGCCACCGCUCCAGCGCCGCCACAUCCGGAGGGACACCGAGGGACACUGAGGGACACCGAGGGACACUGAGGGGGGGGCGCUCUGCCGCUGCCCCCCCCACCGGGGGACUGGGAGCCCAGCGAAGCCCUGGGGGAACCCAGCUGAUGGAGGAGGAGGAGGAAGAAGAGGAGGAAGAAGGUGACAAGGAUGGGCAGGAGCCCGGGGAUGUCCUGCUCUGUCACCCUCCGCUGUGACCCCGCGCCCUGUGCGCCAUCCCAGUGGGACAGGACUCGGCCAGGGGUCCCCCCAAUCAUGGACAGGGGGCAGGGGGACCCCAAGAAGGGGCUGGGCAGUCCCGGCCCCCCGGCCUGGCUUUAUUUAUAAAUUCUGUGGGUUAUUGGUUGUGCCGCCGUUUCUAAAUAGGCUGAACAUGGCUCGGUUCUGCUCCUCUGCACUUUGGGGUGUCCCCGCUCCCAUCCCGAGCCUCAGGCUCUCCCAGUGCCUGGGAAAGCAGCCCAGAGGGGUUGGGGGUGCAGGCUCAGGGGCCGGGGCUGUGUCCCCCCCCCAAAAUGGAUCCCAGUUACAGGAAUUGUGGGGCCGGGGCUUGUGGGGCACUCCCAGCCCCUCCUGCGGGGAUUUUGGGGCAGUUCGGAGCUGUCAGAGCUGUCUCCCCCAGCAGGGGUGGCAGUGGGAGGGCAGGGGGACACGGGCCAGGCUGGGGACCCCAGCUGACACCCCACAGACACCCAGCCCUGGGAGCGAGGAGGGCGUUUGGGAGCAGGGGGAGAAUUCCCUCUGCGGGUUUGGCUUUGUGCUUCCAGAGGCCAGAACCCGGCUGGAAAAUACAUCCUUGUCGUUUCCCUUC